AUGUCAAAAGAAAAAGAAGUUUAGUAAAUUAAACCAUCUCCUGAUUGUAUUGAAUACAAACUCAAUUUUUAUCAUCUUCAUGGUCUUUAAAAUUGUCCAUUUUGUAAUAAACCUUAAACUUAAUCCAUAUAAUAAGAACUUACUAAUGAAGAUAUUGAAAAAUAUUAAAAGGAAGUUUUACAAAAAUAAAAAGAUGUAUUGCAGUAUUAUAAUAAUUGAUAGCUAUUAAUUGAUAUUGAUCCUGAAGACCCAGAUUAGAUGAUGGAUUUAUAUGAAAAAUAUAGAGGUUGUCCUUGUUGUAAAGGAUUAGUAUUGAAUUGUGAAGGUGCGAUAUGUGAACAAUUAGGUUUAUGCUAUUGCAUCUAAAAAGAUUUAUAAGAUCGUUAAAGUUGA